AUGAACAACGAGAACGACCUCACCAUGCCCGCCCCAGGAGCAGACUACGACUACGAAAUCACUAUGGCUAGCAUCCACCAACCAGGCGUGUGUAAGGACCAGAACAAGAAAGGCCACGCUGACCCUGAUCAGACUCACGAGUGCCGCGACCCCAACCACGAUACGUCUCUUUCGAAGGUCAGCUGUCAACAAUGUGUAGCAAGAGCAGAAGGCUACUGUCCACUGCAGAGCCGCGAGAUCUACAAGGCCGGUCUUUCGAUCCAGCUUCACCCCGGAUGUCACGCUGCUUGGCAAGAUGUGGACGGCAAGGACAGCCUCUGCAACUGCCGCGCCCUGCCAAGAUGCGGCAUCUGUCACAUGCGAAACAUCCGUACGUUCAAAGACAAGGCUACCGAGAUUGACGCAGAAGGCGCUGCGAAGCGAUGUGCUCGUUGCAAGGAGGAGCUUGAUCAGAGUGAGGCGGUCUUUAUCUACACCCACAAUGGCAACCGAUACGCUGUUCAGGGUAAUGAGCCCGCAGACUGGCAGCAAGAAGCCUACACUCCUAACCAAGCUCCUCCUCGUCGCCGCACGGCUCCCAAAACCAAGACUCCACCGCCCACAAAGCGAAAGGUCCAGAAGAGACCAAAGCCACUCGAAGUGCAUGACGGCUACGAUAUUUUCGAGCUUGACAAGAUCUUAUAUGACGACAUUUGCGCCGACGGAUCUAUGAGGUUCAGAUGCUCUUGGGUGGGCUACCCAUCCGAGGACGAUAGAACUUGGGAGCCGAAAGAGUCUUUCCAAGACAAUCCGAGACUGCUCUCAGAGUGGUUCAACAAGACAAACACACCCAGUCCAAGACUUCCUGAUAUCGAGCGCAUCAUCAGUGCUGGACCAGUGGGCGGCUAUAUUGUCCGACGUAGUGGGCAGGCGGCGAAUAAGCCGGAGUGGUGUCCUGUAGAGAUGGUGAACAUGGAGCACAUACAAGCAUUCGAGGGUGUCGAGGACGAUCCCGAAGACGAUGAGAUGGAUGUUGACGCCCAAUUUGCCACAGUCGCCGCAGUGCAACCAGCCGUGUCAUCAGGAAAGGUCCGACAGAGCGUCAACGCAUUGUCAGCGGAUGAGAAUCAGAUGGAGACCUCCGCUGAUGAUCAAGAUCUGGUCUCGAGUCGACAGCAGAUGGGAAUGAAAGACAACCAUGAGAGCGAGUCUUCACUCGUCGACGACCUCCGACAGCAGAUCAACACUCUUCAAUCAACGAACGCUGACCUUCGACGGCAGAAAGUUACGGACAACGAGACCAUACGGACGAUGCAAGCAAGGCUGGUGAAUGCGGGCAUCGUCAAUGUUCAUCAGCUUCAGCAGAUCGAGCAAGACGUGGUCCGGCGGGUGGGGUUCGAACAGAGACACGAUGCACUAGAAGAUGAGAAUACCCAGCUCCGCGAGGUGAUGGCACGUCUGGAAGCCAGUCAGGCAGAGGUUUGGUUGGGAACGUAG